AUGAGUUCACCUUGGCCAUUUGUAGCUUGGGGCAUAGAUGUCAUUGGUCCAAUAGAGCCAGCCGCCUCUAACAGACACAGAUUCAUUUUGGUUGCCAUUAACUAUUUCACCAAGUGGGUGGAAGCAGCUUCGUACAAGUCGGUAACGAAGAAAGUUGUAGCUGAUUUUGUUCGCAACAACCUGAUAUUAUAUGGAACAGAAGCAGUCAUACCUACAGAAGUUGAAAUACCUUCAUUGAGAAUCAUCCAAGAAGCUGAAUUGGGUGAUGUAGAUUGGAUUCGCAAGCGGAUUGAUCAGUUAACAUUGAUUGAUGAGAAGAUAAUGGUUGUUGUUUGUCAUGGUCAACUUUAUCGACAGAGAAUGAUUCGUGCUUUCCACAAAAGAGUAAGAACCAGAAUAUUUGAAGUGGGUCAGUUGGUCCUUAAACGCAUUUUCCCUCAUCAGGAUGAUUACAAAGGGAAAUUUGCACCAAAUUGGCAAGGACCCUACAUGGUUCGCAAAGUAUUAUCUGGAGGUGCCUUGGUCCUGUCGGAGAUGGAUGGUACCGAAUGGCCGAAACCGAUCAACUCAGAUGCUGUCAAGAGAUAUUAUGUGUAA